AUGUCGCAAGGUCCACCCAAAAAUCAGAGUCACAGCGAGACUCGCAACGAAGUCGUGCCGCAACAGCAGCAUAGCGACUUCCCUGGGGCCUCGUACAUGUUCCCACUCGACAUGUCGACCCCAGGUGCAUUUCACACCUCGUCGUUUGGGGCAGCAACUCCUUCGUACUUACCACCGGUUCCCAAUGUGUUCUCAAGCCCUUUCGUCGGCUUUGCGCCACAGCAUCCAAACACCCUACACCCGUAUCUAGCUCAGUUCUCGGGAAGGAGCCUACCGGCGAUGACACCGACGAAGGCGACGGCGAAUGACAGCAAGGACCAAAGAUCUCAACCCAACGCGGAGGGCGAAUUGCCGAAAGUGUACACCCCUAUCCCCGAUAGACGACCACUGUGGCCCAACUAUGCACCGGGAACAUUCACGCAAUCAGAACCAAAACAUAGCCGCCUCCCUUCGAACGACGUCGCCCGGAAAGCGCCACGCAAAUCCGCAUCAAGCAGCCCUGCUCACGUUACCUCGCUGCGAACCUCAACUGCCAACUCGAAGCCAGCGCAGAGACGGAAAGAUAAACAAGAGCAUCGUCUAAGAAGGGACUCCGCUUUACUGGCAGAUCAUGAACAGACUGCUCAGAGCGGCACGCCUAGGGUUGCGAAGUCUGUAGCGGCUACAAGCAGGAGCAUACCGACCCAGAGCCUAUCAUCGCUCAAGGACUCAGUAACCCCCAAGACACAGAAAGGCCAUCUCCCGUCAUCAGCACGCAGUCGGCGGUUCAUAUCAGACAAUGGAGAUGAUGAAGUGAACAAAGAAGAAGAUGGAGAAGACGAUGAUGACGACCUACCGCUUCGAAAGCUGUUUGAAAAAGGACAUGCCAGGACUCCGAUCCGUGGACAAGAGGCGGCGGCACGUAUGAAGAAGGCAUCUAACGGGCCUCGUGAACUCCAGCUUCAUUCCAGAGCGCAGCCGCGAUACGAUUAUUUAGUGCCGGAUGAACUGAGAGGAGUCCAGCGAGCACUCGGCGACGACAAUUGGACGGACUACUUAAUCUUGAUGGAAAAGAGGCUCAUGGGGGAGGUGACAGAAGUUGACUUUGUUGUGCAGUCAAAGGCCAUCUUCAUGGUCUUCGACGUCAAGACCCGGACAAGGCUCGAGAAGCAAAUCGCCAAUACCGUCGUCCUGCCAGUAAUUGAGCAACACAAGGAGCACGAUGUAGUACUUGUAGACGGAUGA